GUCUGAAAAGUGAAAUCAAGAUAGCGCUUUGGGUUCUGUAGGCUAGCUCUUUAUUUCUUUAUUUUUCAAAACAUUGUGCAUUUUAAAGUGGAUAGAUGAAUCACAAAUUAUGUAUUUUAAUUAACAGUCAACGUAAUAGUUCCGCACGUAAUCCACUAGAAGGGGCUUUUGUCUAGCCUAUCCCAUCUUGAAAACAUGUAGGAAAACGAUACUAGGUUAGCAGCUUUUAGUAGUAUUAAUAUCACUCUUAACGUUAUUUCUCGAAAUGAUCUUUGUUUUAAGCGUGUUACCUACCCUGACGUUUGAGAGAAGUGGAUUGGAUUUGUCAUUUAAUGCUUUUGGAUCUCAUCAAUCAAACAAAAGCUUCUACUAGUCCAUGAGGAGUUUAUUGUUCGGAUUUUUUGAAUAUGGUUCAUAAAUAUUUUGUCUUCAGUCUGUGGAUUUGGUUCUCACGUGGUGUGUUUGGUGAUAAAGAUGCAGUUAAAUCAGUAUUUGUGACUGAGGGAGAUUCUGUCACUCUAAACACUGAUGUUGAAGUACAGAAAGAUGAUCGGAUUCUGUGGACAUUUAAAAUGGACAAUUCUGACACUCUUAUAGCUGAAAUCAUCAGAGAGAACAACUAUAUAGAUGACAGUACUGUGGCAUUUAGAGACAGAGUCCAGAUGGACAGUCAAACUGGAUCUCUGACCAUCAGAAACAUCAGAACUGAACAUUCUGGACUUUAUAAACUACAGAUCUACAGAAACAGAAUAAUAUCACACAAGAGUUUCACAGUUGCUGUUUAUGCUCCUCUUCCCAUUCCUGUCAUCACCAGAAACACUUCAAACUGUUCACCAUCUAAACGUUCAUCAGUGUCCAAAUGUUCAUUGUUGUGUUCAGUGGUGAAUGUGAGUGAUGUGAGUCUCUCCUGGUACAAAGGAAACAGUUUAUUGUCCAGCAUCAGUGUGUCUGAUCUCAGCAUCAGUCUCUCUCUACCUCUGGAGGUGGAAUAUCAGGAUAACAACACCUACAGCUGUGUGAUCAACAAUCCCAUCAGCAACCAGACCAAACAUCUCAACAUCAGUAAACACUGUCACACAUGUACAGAACUCAAGCAAACAUCACAUUUGGUGGGAAUAUCAGUUAUAGCGAUAGUUCUGGUCUUGGCUGCAGCUGUGGGGUUUAUGAUAUACCGAAGGAACGGCAAACAAGCAACACCACAAGGUCUGACAAUCACAGAACAGAAAAAUCCCAUGUCAGAAUAUACACAGAUCAUCUACUGUCUUCAGCAGGAAGAUCUGCCAAAGAAACCCUUACUGGAUGUGGGCAGAACUGAGACAACUGUGAACUACUACCACAGUGAAAUACAAAAGGCAGAUCUCAGGAAAAUCUCACUUACACCCAGGAGUUAAGAGUUAUUGAAUAUAUCCAUAAUUAUAUAUUUAUGUGAUCAUCAAAGACACCUAACUAAUGCAUAUUUAGAAAAUGAAUUAAAACCCUGCUGAUGGACACUAGUCCUGUAAGAACACCCCUGGCUGUUAUGGGUUUUUUCACUGCCUUCACAAAAAUGUAUUGUACUCUGGAGACUGCAAGGGAACAACAGCCUCCCUGUUACACUUUCUGUUUAAGCAGCCCUAAAAUGAUAAUUUAAUGCAGAUGUCAUCCAGCAUGACCUUUGCACCACCUUGCAGCUG